GGUCACAUUUUUAAAAACCAACUGUGUAAAUCUUAAAGCGUCUCCCAAUUCUCCUCCAAAUCCCUCUACGCCAUUUCACACUGAAAAAUAUUCUCCACCAAAUUAAAAGAAAUAAAAGAAAAUCAAGAAAAGUUUUUGGCAAAGAAUCACUUCAUUCAACAUGGGAUGUUUUCCUGCUUGCUUUGGCCAUUUGAGGCGUGAUCUAACCACAAAAAAGGUCCAACAUCAGUGUUUGUCUCCCAGCAAUGAGCAGCAUGAAUCUGUGAAACUCUUAACAGAAAAAACAGAAUCACAGAAAGAGGAGGAGAUUGUUGCUAAUCCCAUCAAGCUCAUUUCACAAUUUGAAGAAGAAACAGUUUCUGAUGACUCAAAUGCCAAGAAAGUUAGUAAUGAGAGUGAAAAUGGCAAAGUUGAAAUGGAGAGAGAGAAAGAGAGAGAAGAGAGUUUGUUGAUGAGUGAGAAAGAAGAGUCUUGCUGCAGCUCUCUCUUCACUCUAUCCAUAGAUUCUAGGAGGCAAUUUUUUGCUGCAGAAAUGGGAGAAAAGGAGGUUAGCAGCCUACUCAAGAUCAAGAUCAACAACAACACAUCAUCUAAGCAUCAAGAUGAAGAGAAAGAGAGCAAAGAUCCCAUGAUAGAGGAGCAAAAGAGUGAUCGUCAGUGCAAAGGCAACGAGAUGGCGGUCGAGACGAGCCUCUCGAGCUGGUUAGUCGAUGCUGAGAAAUCGCCGGAGAGUGAGAACAACUAUGGAGCGAUUGCAGAUAUCAGCAAGUUGAAUGGGAUUUCAACACCAACACCAUGCUGCAGUGGAGAUGAGCAACCGGGCAUUGGGACGGUGGGCCGGUAUUGGCGGCAGAGAGGCGAGGCGACGAGCGGAGAAGUCUCGAGUGGUCUGACCGGAGGUUUGGCAAGUGUUGAGGCUUCUUAGUUUGUAUGUAAUUCUUAGCUCAGAUGAAUUGAUUUUCAGUUACAUUUAGGAACCAUUUGUUAUUUUUUAGAUACUGAUUCAUGAUGAAUAAGUUACAUUAGCAAUGCACAACAAAUAAAUGGAGUUUUUGCCCA